AGAUAAUGCCAGUAUCGCACAGGGUGGAGCAGCGGCUCAACUAACGAUGGAAGCCACCAUGGAAAUGGAAAUCGUCAUCGAUUUUUACCUUUCUGUGGAGCAUUUGUCUUCACAGUCGUUGGUUGAUGGCAGACUUCAGAAGGCGUGAAGUGUCCUCAAUGGUUGGAAUUGUUUCAGUUGAUUGUGGAGAACGCGAUGAUACAGUUCGGAAGCAGGAUAUUUUGUGCGAAACUUUGGCUGGCUGUUUGAGAAGAAACCAACCAAUAGAUUGUUGUGUAAAAUGUUAUCAUUUUUGGGCAUAUGAACAGAUGUUUUGGGAUUAAGAUGAAUAUGAAUAGCGGGGGUGGAUUUGUGAAGGCUUACAGCAACAACUGGCUGUCACAGUUCGGAUUGUACAAAUAUGAGGCACCAAAGGAAUCACCACGAAAGCAAUCUCUCCAGCACCGCAAAGUGUCUCUCUACGGGAUACUUGCGUUGGCAUUUGUUGUAUUUUUAAUCCUCUUCGUCAUAGUGAACAAAGUGGAAUCAUCUCGACGCGACCUGAUUGCGGAAAGCUUCUCCAACGAAACCAGCAUCGAAUCCAGUAUGGGUCAUACUGUGCUGACGACACCCUUUUCCUCGAGCAGUGGUUUCGUAAUUCUUGGGAGCGAUUCGCAACCUUCAACCGGCUUACAGUUACAACAAAUGGCUGAAGCACGCCGACAACGUCGAUUUCGUCGAGUAGGUCCAGAAAGCCCUGUAUAUGAAUCCACAGACAAUCUUGUGUUAUUCCCAAGUGCUUACCUGAAGCCACCAAGGUUAGGUAGUAUACGAAGGUUUUCGGAAGAAUUCUCACUAGCAGAUAAUCCUCCACCUUCACUGACAGUUCAACCGCGUCCAUUUGAAGUACCAUUGGUAGUUCCUGGAGUACCCAACCCGUUAGGGUUUCCUAAACCAAAUAAAACUUAUGAAUCAGAAGAAACAUUCAACAAGCAAAGUCACGAGAGCCGUGCCGUAAACAAUAUUCAAGAUGUUCUAAGCCAACUAACCUCAUCAAAGCAUCAAAAUCACAAAUACUUGCCCUUGUAUCAACAGCAUCCUUCCGAAUUCAGUAACCCAAUGUAUCAAAACCACCGUGUAAAGUUUUCCGGGAUUUACCGUCAUCCUAGAAAAAAUGGGGACAUAACAACGAUAUUCGGUGACUCGUCAAAACAGCACGAACUUCACGUUGCGAAGCCACAAACUAUCAAUUCCCAGCUGGGUGUUUCCAACGUUUAUAUGCCCGACCUAUUUUAUAAUUUUCGGCCAGCAAGUCCCAGCGAUGUCAAUCUUCUCGCUACCAAUCAGUUUCGAUUUGCACCAGUGAAAAGUUACGGCACAUCGGAAAGAAUCCCAAAAGGAAUGCCGUUUACAGUCAUGCUGGAUAUUGAACCAAUGACAGACGGUGGCAUCAGUUUUCGUCGUCCAACAGUAAAAAGAAGACCCAUUCCAAAUUACUCGACCAUGACUUUUCCGCCCUUCUUUAACAACCAACACUUCGCCCAAGUUAAGCACACCAUGUCCAAUCAAUCACCCUCACAGGAUGAAGGUUAUUACCGCAGUUCAACAACCCUCCGUUUUCGAUCGCCAACAGUCAAGACUCAACUGCCGGCAACGACACACGGUAAACUUAUGGUGCAUCUGAACUUAUACCCCAAGAAAACUGAUAGAGAACCGCUAGAAGCUACUCGUAAAUUUGAACUGGAACAGAGUGACUAUGACAUCAACCGGUUGAGUUUGCAAGGAGGAGCCGUUUUGCCUGAUCCUGAGGCUUACAAAGUUAAACCCACCGUAGAACCUGUGCGCAAUUAUUUGGAGGUUUUCCCGGAGAGUGAUAGUAGUAGUACAACAACCACCACCACCACCACCACCACCACCACCACCACAACGGUUGCUCCACCGAAGACUUCAACUCCCCCAGCACAGCCGAAGGUUAUCGUGGAAACUGUGAAAUCGGUUGAAAUUCCCUCCACGGCAACUUUUGCGAUCGAAGGGAAGUAUGGUUCGCUCCUGCAGACUAAUCAGUCGCCACAACAGCUAUUGACCGUAACCAGUGCUACGGUGGAUCCUCUGUUGAAUCAUGGUUUCAAGGCAACCAAUUUAAGUGUGAUUAGUUUUAACGCAAAUGACGCAGUUUAGAACAUCGACUGCAAAGUUGUUACGCAAUCAGUAUUUAUUGAUCGUAUCACUAAAUUUAAGUA